GUUCCAGCACACACGCCCAGUUACUGCUAGAUAUUAGCGAGGGCGACAAUGGAGCCACGGCCAGUGUCUUUGACCAGCAUUUAACCCUUGCAAUUUGUUGGCGAACAAAGCAAAAUGGCUUCACCUGCGCCGAGCGGCUCUCCGCCGCUCGUUAUCUAUAGCUGCACUGAUGAGCAAAUGCUAGAAGUGACCGAGCUAGUGGGCGACUCCGCGACAGCGGCCAUAGUUUGUAGCCAAUAUGACUGCAGUUUCACGGCAGUCAGCUGUGUGCUUAAGUAUCUUGCCGCGCAACAAGCGGACUUGAGCGAGCAAAUGGACGGCACAGCCAAAGCGGAGGUCGCCUUGUCGCUAGACGUGGCGUUCCUCCUAUUCAGCGCAUACCUUGUGUUUGGACCGAUGCAAUUAGGCUUUGCGCUGCUCUGCGCGGGCGCCAUCCGCUCGAAAAAUAGCAUGAAUGUGUUGAUGAAGAACAUCUUGGACGCGUGCACUGGCGCCAUCGGGUUCUACCUGUUCGGCUAUGCGUUCGCGUUCGGACACCACGCCAACCAGACCUCCAACGCCUUCAUCGGCGACCACAACUUCGCGCUGUCGUACACCACACAGGUCAGCAGCCUCGACAGCAACGUCAGCUACGACGGGUUCGCCACGCAGGGCUGGCACGUGUUCUUCUUCCAAUGGAGCUUCUGCGCGGCCGCCACCACCAUCGUGUCCGGCGCCGUGGCGGAGCGCUGCACCUUCCAGGCCUACCUGGCCUACGCCUUCUUCAUCUCCUCCUUCGUCUACCCCGUGGUGGUGCACUGGGUGUGGAGCGCCAGCGGCUGGCUGUCCGCAUUCAACACGUCCCGGGACGGCUACGCGCUGCUCCUGCAGACGGGCGCCAUCGACUUCGCGGGCGGCGGCGUGGUGCACCUCACCGGCGGCAUGGCGGCGCUCAUGGGCGCUUGGAUCAUCGGCCCCCGCAUCGGGCGCUUUGACGCGUCCGGCAAGGUGAACGAGAUGAAGGGGCACAGCGCCACACUGGUGGUGAUGGGCACCUUCCUGCUGUGGUUUGGAUUCUACGGCUUCAACCCUGGAUCCAACCUCACCAUCGCGACCACGGCCUCGGCCAUCGUGGUGUCCCGUGUUGCGGUGACCACCACGCUGUCUGCGGGCGCGGCCGGGCUCACGGGGCUGUUCUGGCGCUACAUGCGCACAUCCACCUGGGACACAGUGCUGGUGUGCAACUGCUGCCUGGCCGGCCUGGUGGGCAUAACAUGCAGCUGUAGUGUGGUGGAGCCCUGGGCGGCGCUCAUCUGCGGCUUCGUGGCGGCGUUCGUGUUCAUCGGGUUCGAAUACGUGGUGUUGUACAAGAUGAAGAUCGACGACCCCGUGAGUGCGGUGGCGCUGCACCUGUUCUGCGGCGUGUGGGGGCUGCUCUUCCCCGGCCUCCUGGCGCAACCCACCUAUGUGGCGGACGUGUACGGCGCGUACGGCUUCGGGCCGGAUGUGAAGGGCAGCAAGAAGUUCGGCAUCCUGUACGGCGGUCACGGCCAGGUGCUGCUGUGUCAGGUGAUUGAGGCGCUGUCCAUCUGCGCCUGGGUGGGCGUCAUGAUGGGCGCCUUCUUCGGGCUGCUCAAGGUGGCCAAGAGGCUGCGCGUGCCCGUGGACCAGGAGCUGGCGGGACUGGCCAAGCCCUUCGGCGCGCACAUGACGCUCAACGACGUUAUGGCCAAGGUGGUCAAGAUCGAGCGGCAGGACAAGCCGCACGUGAGCGCCAUAAGCUUCGACCGCAACGCAGCCAACGUGUUCCAGUCCUACCUGCAGGGCGCCUUCAACUUCUCCAUCAAGCGCGGCGGCAUCCUGUACGGCACCGUGUUGGAGGAGGAGGGGCCGGAGCCGGGCAAGACGGAGACGCACGUGCGUGUGGACUUCAUCUACGAGCCGCCGCAGGAGGGCAGCGCCGACACCCUCACACUACAGCGCCACACGCCCGAGGAGCAGCAGGUGGAUCUUAUCGCCCAGAUGCUGGGCUACCGCAAGGUGGGCUUCAUCUUCAGCCAGUCGGUCAAGGGGCAGAAGGCGGCGGCGGAGGGCGACUACAUCAUCAACAGCCAGGAGCUCAUCGCCAUGGCGGCCAUGCAGGCCGAGAUCGGCGAGCACGGCGCCACUGCGCUGGUGACGCUGGUGGAGGAGCCGGAGACGGGGCCGCAGGUGCACUUCGAGGCCUUCCAGUGCAGCGACCUGGCUGUGCGACUGGUGCGCGAGGGCUGGGUGGCGGCGCGCGAGCCGGCGGACGGCGUGUCGCGCAUGGUCAACCCCAAGGAGCCCGACGUCAAGGACCCAGUCAUGAUCAACGGCAAGGACGCUGGCGAGGUGGACAACGACUGGUUCCUGUGUGCUGUUCGCAUCCAGGACCACGAGGGCCGACUGCUCACCAGCUUCCCAGUGGAGAACAGGCUCACGCCGCAGGGCAAGACGGAGCUGCGCGAGCACCUGAAGCGCCACGGCGCCCGCGGCUACGUGGAGCGGCUGUCCGACUUCCACCUGCUGCUGUGGCUGGCCAAGCAGCCGCACCUGGACCCGAACGAUAUGGCGCUGCUGUGCGAGGCGGUCAAGGAGCGGCGGCCCGUGCUGGAGGGCUACCGCGUCAUCAUAGACAGCAUCGCCGGCAUCGCGCAGUGAUUGGGGCGGAGGGUGGAGGGAGGGAGGGAGGGAGGGAGAGAGGGAGGGAGGAUGGGGAGGGGGAGGAAGGAAGGUUGUUGUGGUAGUGGUGGCGGUGGUCGGAGCUCGCGCUGUCUCACUGCUGGCAGGAUGGUGGCGCGGGAGGCUCCGCGGGGGGUGGGAAGGGUGCCGCAUGACGGCAUGAGCAUACGCAUGGGGUCCGAGUGGCCAUGCAGCCCCAGCAGUGCGGUGGUGCCACACGGAGUCAGGAGGCGCAUCAUACAGCGUCAUGGGAAUGAUUGGGUUUGCGCACGCGCACCGCUUGCAUUCGGUUGUCUUGCAAGGGAAUGUGCACGCCUGCGCGUUGACGUUGCGCACCCGUGCCGGUAGAGGCUGGGGCAUGGCGUAAAUUGAAGGCAUAUAUUGACAAGCUGAGCCUCUGUCACAUGGUGCUUACACUAUGGUAUAGCCUUUGCAUGGAGAUUGAAGCAUCCAACUACCGUAUCCGCGCUUGGCGGUAAAGGCGAUGUGCGCCCUGAGCUGUAACAUAUCGUGCCUCGCGCCAAUCGGUUGACUUGCUGCGUCCG